GUGAUGAAGAAAACUGAAGAAAUUAUGAAAAAAAAGAGACCAGCGUGGUUCCAUUGUUGAGAUCAAUAAACUUCAAUUAGGAGUGGCAGUAAACACAGUCAAGCCCGUGAUGCGAAGAUUUGUUCGCUAUCUGUCAAAGUGCCGCUUGUUGUGAAGCAAAGUUGAGUUCACCUCCUCCUUAGAGAGGAGCGAGGAACCGAAGAGGCGCCCUUGGUCGACACGAGGAGCAAAGUUUUACGGCGCUCCCUAAUGGCGGGCAGAAGAAGUGCGACCGCCGCGGGGGGCUUAAAAGCAGAGAGUGAGGAGGAGCGGCGAGCAAUAGCGGGGAGGAUCUACGCGCGGAAAAGUUGAUCUUUCAUCCAGCAUCUUGCAUCCGUUCGUUGGAAGGAGGGCAGACGAGAUGGCAGCCCAGACUCAGCAACCCCACCUGCACCUGGCCGAGCUCACCGCAGCCCAGUUCAUCGACAUCUGGAAACAUUUCGAUGCGGACGGAAAUGGCUACAUCGAAGGGAAGGAGCUGGAAAACUUCAUUCGAGAAUUGGAGUCGGCGAGACGGGGAGCAGGCGUGGAUCCUUCACAUGCUGCGUUCAAGGAGAAGAUGAGGGAGUUCAUGGCCAGUUUCGACAAGAAUUCUGAUGGGAGGAUUGAGAUGACGGAGUUGGCCCAACUUCUUCCCACAGAAGAAAACUUCCUGCUCUGUUUCAGAGAGUUUGUGGGCUCCAGCACUGAAUUCAUGGCCGCUUGGCGGAGGUAUGACACCGAUCGUAGUGGGUACAUCGAGUCGAAUGAACUGAAGGGCUUCCUGACAGACCUGCUGAAGAAAGCCAACACAAGCUAUGAUGAUAAGAAGCUCAACGAGUACACACAGACAAUUCUAAGGAUGUUUGAUCUGAACGGCGACGGGAAGCUCGGCCUCUCUGAAAUGGCGAGGCUCUUGCCCGUACAGGAGAAUUUCUUGAUGAAGUUCCAGGGCAUCAGGCUCACAGUCAAGGAAUUUGACUCCCUCUUCACACUCUAUGAUAAGGAUGGUAACGGCUACAUUGACGAACAGGAACUGGACGCCUUGCUCAAGGACCUCUCUGAGAAGAACAAAAUGGAUAUGGAAGUCACCGGACUUUCGGGGUACAAGAAGAGCAUCAUGGCUCUGUCAGACGGAGGGAAACUAUUUCGCACCGAGCUGGAGAUUGUCCUCUGCCGGGACUCUGAGCUGUGAGACCACCCCCAACCCCCACAUACCACGGUCACCCACCCCCUCUGCCACCCAACUGCCUCCUUCCUACCUCCUGUUGUAACCUAGUGCAUGUACAACUUACUUAAAAUGCUAGAGAGAAAACUAAAAGUGCUCCUAAAAGCACACAAGCCAACUAUUAUUAUUUUUUUCCACACUUUGCUCCAUGGUGAAAUAGCUCCAGCAAUUAAAUAUAUGAUGUGAUCAACUUUUUUUUUUAUUUUUAUUUCCUAUUUUAAUAUGCAUUUGCAGUUUUGCAUCAAUCCGUUUAUGAACCCCCCACCCACCACUAACGUAACACUUCAAUUCAUGUAUGCUAUUUA